UUUCUGAGUUCAAGGCCAGCCUGGUCUACAGAGUGAGUUCCAGGACAGCCAGGGCUACACAGAAACCCUGUCUUGAAAAACCAAAAAAAAAUUAAAAAUACUAGGCAGACAUGUAGUACCCAGACAUGUAUUCAGCAGAACAAUCAUAUAAAACAAACAAAAAAUCCCACCAAUAACAACACUUGAUAGAUAUUUUUUGUUUGCUUUCAUUGCUUUCUUUAUAGAUGAGGGAAUUGAACCUCAGAAGCUAGGAUAGCUUAGCUUCCAGUGAGCCAGGUGGGACAGUGCCUAGCCUGAGGCCAGACACCGAGAAUUUGCUCAGUAAUGGGGAACCAUGUCUGUGGCUACUAAUCAAAGAACUGCCUUGUUCUCAGACCUCAGCACAGGAAAUUCCAGGGUGGUUUUCUAUACUGGCUUCUCUAGCUCGGUCUCUGGAGGGUCCAGGUACCUAAAAUGACUUGAAGGUGGAAUUCGAUAGUCCAGCCUGCCUAUCUGGGUCUCUGGUUAUCCAGGGGAUGGCUGGUACUUGGAGUCGUCUGGAUUGCUUUGGGCUCAAGUGGACAUUUUCUUUGGCCCAUAGCCCUUACCCUCUCUCUGAGAUGGUACAGGCUGGAGGACAACCUUGGGGAGUGGGUGGGGGUGAAAUUUGGUUUGGGGCCGAGAUGGGAUCAAGAACACAGGUUUCUUUGAUACUCAGCCCAGAGGGAAGGCAGGAGGAGCCUGGAGACCCGUUCUUCACUUGGUUAUUCUCAUCUCGGUCCAUGAUGGCGUGGUCUCCAGUGCUCCUUGGCAUCGUCAUCUUGUCUAUUUUUUCAGAGCCUAGCAGGGCUGAUCGAGCCAUGCCCAAGCUGGCUGACCGGAAGCUGUGUGCAGAUGAGGAAUGCAGCCGUAAGAGUCAGGGAACAAGAGAAGGGGGCUGAAGGCUUGGACUGUUGGUCUGUUUUGAAGUUGCUGUCAUUUUGUCAUUUCCUUCUCCCUCCCCAGAUCCUAUCUCCAUGGCUGUGGCCCUUCAGGACUACGUGGCCCCUGAUUGCCGCUUCUUGACUAUAUACAGGGGCCAAGUGGUGUAUGUCUUCUCCAAGUUAAAGGGCCGUGGGCGACUCUUCUGGGGAGGCAGUGUUCAGGGAGAUUACUAUGGAGACCUGGCAGCCCGCCUGGGCUAUUUCCCCAGUAGCAUUGUCCGGGAGGACCUGACUCUGAAACCUGGCAAAAUUGAUAUGAAGACAGAUAAAUGGGAUUUCUACUGCCAGUGAGCUCAGCCAACUGUAUAACGCAAUUACCCUUCUGACCCUAUGCAAAUAAAACAGCCAACUGCAAACUAUUUUGUCGCUUUGAUUUUUGAAGUUGGGUGGGUAUGUACAAAGAAUGGUUCACAGGUUUCUGAAUCUAGCCAAUUAAUACCCUGAAUGUUGUAACGUCA